AUGGGGCCGGUCGGGGGGGUGGGGGGAAAUUACAGCCCCGGGCACGCGGGCGCGUAUGGGUACGCGGGGGAGGGCAGCAGCGGAGGCGGGGGAGGAGGCGGGCGGGGGAGCAUGGGCGGAAUGGCUGCUGGCCCGCGGGGGGACCUGCACUUGCGCAGGGCGUUUUCGGAAGAUAGGCGCGCGCUUAAUUCCGCGCCUAUGCCCGCUAGGGGCAGCUUUGCGCCGCCUGGUGGAGGUGUGGGCGCGCGGAGGGGGGAGGAUCCGCGGCAGCGAAUCCUUCCCUCCCGCGGGCUGGGGCAGUCGGGGGACAACAGCCCUAGCCGCUCCCCCGCGCGACCGCUCGGGGGGGCCGCCACGUCAGCGCCGCGUCAGCAUUAUAGAGACGAAGACGGGCGGGGGAGUCAGGGGAGGAGAGAUGAUGAGUAUGAUGGGGACAGGAGGAGGAGGGGUGAUGAUGAUGAUGCAGGCAGGAGGAGGAGAGAUGAUGAGUAUGAUGCUGGUGGGAGGGGGAAGGAUGGUGGUGAUGAUGGGGGCAGAAGGAGGAGAGGUGAUGAGUAUGACGAUAGGAGGAGGGAUGAUGAUUAUGAUGGUAGGAGGAGGAGGGGGGAUGAUGACGAUGGGUACGACCCGAGGGGGGCUGGGCGGGAUAGGGAGAGAGAUGGGGGAAGAGUUGGGGAGAGGGAGAGGGAGAGGGAAGGGGAGAAGGAGUGGGACAGGGGGGAGGGCAGAUACGAAAAGGCGGAUGGGGAGGAGGAAUGGCGGUUGCGAGAUGAUUGGGAGAGAGGGAACGGGGGAAGAGGGGAUGGAGGUAGGGGAAAUGGAGGAAGUGGGGUUGUGAGAAGAGGGGAUGGGGGAAGAGGGGAUGGGGGAAGAGGGGAUGGGGGGAGAGAGGAUGAGGGAAGGGGUUUUGGGGGGAGAGGGGACGGGGUUAGGGGUUCGGGGGGAGGGAGUGGAAGGGAGAGGAGGGAGGAGUGGAGGGAGAAAGGGCGAGGAGGGGAAAGGGAGGAGGGCAGAGGAGAGGGGAGGGCUGGUGGGGGUGGGGAAGGGUACAAUAGCGAGGGGAGUGGAGAGAGGGAGAGUGACUAUGUUGAGAGAGGCAAUGUGGAGGGUGAUUAUAAAGAGCGGGAAUUGGGCCGUGAUAGGCAUGGGGGUGGUGGAUAUGAUGAUGGGUAUGGGGAGGAGGAGCAUAACUACUCCCCUCAACAACCACCUACAGGUUAUCCCCAUCAGAGCUCUCCUGGAGUGUCCUCCCCACAGCAGUCGUCUCACCAAUCCUUCCACCAGUCCACACCCUCGCCCUCCCAACAGAGGCAGCAGCAGCUGGGAAUGGCUCGCAGUGGUGGCCCUGCUGCGGCUGGCUCUCCUGGGUUAGGAGGAGUUGUGAGUGGUGCAGGUGGUAAUUGUGCCGGUUCUGGAGGAGGAGGGGCUAUGCCAGGUAGAUCCUCUUCAUCUGCCACUGGGCGCACUCCGAUUGGCCACACCCGAUCUAACUCCCAGAGCCUACCAAUGACAAGAGGACACGUGUCACCUGGGGGAAGAGGCGGGGAUGCGGCAGGGGCGGCAAUGGUGGUGACGCCGCCGCCCGGCACGUCGCCAGCUGGGCGGUCCAGGUGGCGCAAUAUCAUUGGCCGGCCGCUGGAGAGCCUUGCCGCCCGGUUUGAGCUGACAGGGGAGGUGCUGGGGAAGGGGUAUUUCGGAGACGUGGUGGUGUGUGUGGAGAGGGACAGUGGGGAGCAUUUCGCGUGUAAAGUCAUCAACAAGGCGAAUGUGAAGGUGAGCACUGGAGGAUUGGCUGCGGUGCAGUGGGACCCUUCCUCACCCUCCCCCUCCCCUGAUGCAGAGGACGUGCAGAACGAGGUGGCAGCUGGAGGCGCUGAGAGAGCCACUUUCCCUGGCUGGUCUGGUUUGUUGUACCAUCAUCAUGUAUUGCCCCUUGCCCGCUUUUCCCCUUCCCCCUCCUCCCCUCUAACUCCUCCCCGCCAGACCCCUGAGGAUGCAGAGGACGUGCAGAGCGAGAUGCCGGCUCUGGAGGCGCUGAUAGAGCCACUUUCCCUGGCUGGUCUGACUCCAGAGGACGCAGAGGACGUGCAGAACGAGGUGGCAGCGCUGGAGGCACUGAGAGGGCACCGGCACAUCGUGCAGCUCAUAGAGACGGUGGAGGAGCCAGAGACGGUCUAUCUGGUGAUGGAGCUGUGUCAGGGGGGCACACUGCAGCAAGCAGUCAGGGAGCAAGGGCCGUUCAACGAGCCGCAGGCAGCAGCGGUGGUGGCGGCAGCAGCAGAGGCGCUGCUGCAGUGCCACUCCAACGGAAUCAUUCACCGCGACGUGAAGCCCGAUAAUAUCCUGCUCGGGGAGCGUUUGGACGUUUCUGGGGGAGGCUUACCUGGGGACGUGAAGAUCUGUGAUUUUGGCAUCUCCACCUUCUUCCAGCCAGGAACAACAUGCAGUGAGAUAGUGGGAACGGCCUCUUUCCUCUCCCCUGAAAUGCUCGCUCAAACCUACUCUUCUCCGACUGACAUUUGGAGUCUCGGAGUCUUGCUGCACCUGCUGCUCUCGGGAUUCCUCCCCUUCCGCGCUCCCACCAAAGAGGCCGUCUUCGAGGCAAUUCUGGACGGCAGAGUGGAUUUCCGGGCGGCGCCGUGGCCGAUCGUGUCGCUAUCUGCCAAGGACUUGGUGUCGAGGAUGCUGACCGUUGAUCCGGAUGAGAGGAUCACAGCAGAGGAGAUUCUCAGUCACCCUUGGAUCCUUGACCCGUGA